GUCAGCUAAAAAACAAUGUUAAAGCGUAGGCCAGUAAAGUGCAUUAAAGCUCCGCCCAUUUAAGUAGAGUGCAAAGCAGCAAAGCCAGUAAUAAUCAUAAUUCUUGCUCUAUCAUCAAAACAUUAGACAAAGAAGCGAAGAUAUGCUGUGUAAAAGUUCGGAUUUCAUUGUGAAACAGGUAUUCGAUCGCACGACAUCUGGGCAAAUGAAGCCAACAUAAAGGUUUCUGUGGCUGAUAUUGAAGAUACUACAAAGGAAAAGAAACAAAAGAACAUUUUGAACUUUUUCAGUUUUUCAGGAAAAAAAAGGAAAACAAUAUUCUAGACGCUGUUUCAAGAGUAGAAUUACAAGAUACAGCAUCUGAUUCAUUAUCAGAAAGAGCAGUUUAAUAAGUUUUUAAAUCCACUAUCAGCAUCAAAGUAGCAUCAGCAUCAGAAGAAACAAACUUAGCAUUAGCUUUAGUGCCUUCAACGUCGUAAAAAUGAGUUCCAGGGAUGAUUAUAUCUUCAAAGUUCUGGUCAUAGGAGAAGUUGGAAGUGGAAAAACAAGUAUAAUUAAACGAUAUGUUCAUCAGUUCUUCUCUCAACAUUACAGAGCUACCAUAGGAGUAGAUUUUGCACUCAAGACGGUUAACCUAGACAAAGAUACUGUGGUUAGGUUGCAACUCUGGGAUAUAGCAGGUCAGGAAAGGUUUGGUAACAUGACGAGGGUAUACUACAGGGAUGCAGCCGCGGCAUUUAUCGUCUUCGAUCUGUCCAGGGUGGCAACACUAGAGGCUGCUGUCAAAUGGAAACUAGAUCUUGACCAAAAGGUUUUAUCCGGUGAUGGUAGACCUGUUCCAGCAAUUUUACUCGGGAAUAAGUGUGAUCUACCAAGAGAGCCUGAGAUGCCAACUGAUGAAGAAAUAUCUGAGUUCUGCAAAAAACAUGGGUUUGCAGGUUGGUCCCUGGUGUCUGCUAAGGAGGGGAACGGAAUUGAUGAAGCUGGUUUAAGUUUAGUUCAGCAACUAGUAUCACGAGAAGAAAGGUCUGAUAACAGAUUAGCCAGUCCAAUAUUCCUACACAACUCAGAUAGAAAACCUGAUAAGAAAACAUGCUUCUGUGGAUGAACCUUCCCCCCCCCCCUGUGGAUGAACCCCCCCCCCCCCCUGUGGAUGAACCUCCCCCCUUUCUAUUUCAAUAUUUUUCUUAACUUAUUUUUAUAUACAGGGUUACCUGCACAAAACAUUAGUCUUUAUUGAGUCUUUCCCUCUGUCCAUCCGAAGGAUAUCUUUGAUCUUACAUCCAGCUAGGAAUCCAUGAAUAAAGGAAAAAAGACUGAUUAUAAUCUGUACAGUCGUUUCUAAAGUCUCGUCCUUUGUGAGUUCCUCAAAAAGUUAAUAAAUCGGUACCAUCUUAAA